AUGUUUCAAUUCGGCGCAACUAAUAACAACGCACAAUCGGGAGGAUCCCUUGGAGGUACCACUACAUUUGGAAGCCAACCUGCUACAGGAGGUCUCUUCGGUAGUAAUGCUGCAAAACCAGCAUUUGGUGCCUCUAACACAACAGGUAUGAAUACUGCAUCUACUGGUGGCCUAUUUGGUAACAACAACCCAACAACUAACCAAACUGCAGCUCCAUCCGGAGGAUUAUUCGGUAACAAUACACAAAGUAACACUUUAGGUGGUGGACUAUUUGGGAACAAUACCAAUAAUAACAAUACUUCGGCUCCAACUAACGGUUUAUUUGGUAACAACAAUAAUGCACAGACAGCGGGAACAAAUACUUUAGGUAGUACCGGAGGUUUAUUCGGUGCUAGAACACAAUUAGGUUCUACCAAUGCUCCGACCACUGGUGGUUUGUUUGGGAAUAAUAAUAAUACUCAACAAAAUCCAAGUACCUUAGGGGGAGGUCUAUUUGGAAAUAGACCGCAGGGUAUGAAUACUGGAGCUGCAGGGGGAUUAUUUGGUAAUAAUCAAGGCCAGCAGCAGCAACAACAGCAACAAGCACAACAGACUGGAUUUGGAAUCAAAUCAACUCAACCUUCCUUUGCUUGGUCACAACAGGCACAACCACAACAACUACAACAAAAUCAAUCACAAUUUCAAACGAAUCCAAUGCUAGGAUCCUUGAAUUUACAAACACCAUCGUCAUUAACUUUACAACAGCAGCAGUCAGCAAAUUAUCCACAACAGAUACAAGAACAAAUAAUUAAAUGUAAAGAGUCAUGGGAUCCCUUAAGCUCCAAGUCUAAAUUAAGGACAUUUGUGUACAAUAAAGUUAAUGAACAAGAAGCAUUGUUAUAUAGUAAACCAGCAAAUAUUUUACAAGAGGAAUGGGAUCAAGCUGUCAGGAAUAAACCAAAUAAUGAUGUUAUACCUGUCGAGUUAUUAGGUUUUGAAGCUCUUAAUCAGAGGAAUUUACUUCAAAUUGAGAACGUUGCACAAAUCAGAAUCAUUCUAAAACAGUUGUUAGAGAAAAAUACUCAGUUACAACAACGUCACGAAAUUGAAAUAGCAUCAAGAAUAUUAAAGGUAACAAGUAAAAAUGUUGAAAUUGAGAGUAGAUUGUUGAAACUUGGAUCACAAUUAGCUUUAUUGAAAAAUAGAGGUUUGCCAUUAAAUGUUACAGAGGAAAAAAUGUGGAAUCAAUUCAAGGUACUAUUAAACCGUAGCCAGGAUCCAUCUGGUUUAGGUAAGACAAAUGAAUUAUGGGCGAGAUUAGCCGUAUUAAAAGAACGUGCUAGAAAUAUAUCAGAUCAAUUAGAUAACACAUUAGUGACGAUAAAUCAAAAUGGUGGUAGUACUACAUCAACAAAUGAUUCUUCAAAAACUGGAGCAGCAUCUUUGAAUAGACAAAACGGUGAAGAACCUGCUAAUGACAUGAACAUUGAUAAGAUUGCACAUAUUUUGGCUAGUCAACAGAAGGGUAUAACGUAUUUACAAGAAGUACUUGAUAAGGAUCAAGCCGUUGUAGAUAAACUCGAGAAAGGGAAAUAA